AUGAAUAACAGUACAACUACUAAUAUUAGUCGAAGCAAAGAAAUUGAAGAAAAAAUAAGUUCACUUACUGAAAAUUUUCAUACAACAACGGAUUCAGUUAAUACACUUCAACAAACGUGUGCUAAUAUCUUAUUGGAUAAUACUAAACAUUAUCAAUUGGAUGUAUUAAAUCGUCUUGAUGCUAUUGAGAAAAAAAUUGAAAAUUUCAAUAGUGAUGGUAUAUAA